AUGUCCAGUACCUUAGAUGGAAAUUCUAGUUAUUUUACCUUUCUGCUUACAGGUUUCCCUGGCCUAGAAUGGGCUCACCACUGGAUCUCUAUCCCUGUCUUCUCUGUAUACCUGACUGCCAUACUGGGCAAUGCCACAAUCCUCCACAUUGUUCGCACUGAUCCCUCUCUUCACCAGCCAAUGUAUUACUUCUUGGCAAUGCUGGCAAGUACAGACUUAGGCUUGUGUGUAUCUACCAUCCCUACAGUGCUAGGGGUUCUGUGGUUUGACUUCCGUGGCAUCCACCUCUAUCCUUGUGUUCUCCAAGUCUAUGUGUUUCAUGCCUUCUCCUUCAUGGAAUCAGCCAUGCUCUUUGCCAUGGCCUAUGACCGCUUUGUUGCCAUCACCAACCCUCUUAGGUAUCCCACCAUACUCACCAGCUCUCGGGUGGUGAUGAUCAUACUGACACUAGGGUUACGGAGCAUAAUUUUCACCAUACCUCCUAUUAUACGCCUACUCUGGCUCACUUACUGUCGUAAUAAUGUACUCUCCCACUCUUACUGCUUGCAUCAGGAUAUGAUUCGCCUUUCUUGCUCCAAUACACGAUUUAAUAGCUUGUAUGCCUUGAUUGUCAUCUUACUCUCCAUGGGGUCAGACUUCCUCUUUAUUCUGCUUUCCUAUAUCAUGAUCUUUCACUCUGUUUUGACCAUUGCUUCCCGUAGGGAGCAACUCAAAGUCCUCAACACAUGUGUGUCUCACAUCUUGGCUGUUCUAUGCUUCUAUGUCCCAGUGUUGGGUCUGUCCAUCGUGCACCGGUUUGCUAGGCACUCCUCACCCAUAAUACAUAUUGUGAUGGGUAAUGUGUACAUCCUCUUCCCACCUCUCAUGAACCCUCUCAUUUACAGCAUCAAAACUCAACAGAUCCGUAGGGCUAUAAUCCGAAUUAUUUCUCUGAAAGGUUGCAGAUAAUUAUAAAGCCUCUGAAGCUCAAACAAGUUCUUAUCAUCUACAAAAAGGCAAAUUUUCUUUGUAAAUGUGACAAUUUCAAUGUAGCAUGGUUCCCUCUUUCCAGUCCCUUCCAUAAGUAUCUGGGUCACUUAUCUUUUCCCUUCCUCCCAGUUUUCCCACUCUUGACUCCCUAUCCAUCAAUCCAUACCUAUGCAAGGAACAUCAACUCAAUUUAUUAUGAGUUGUAAGAAAACACAACUUGGAAGGAAUGUCUGCUGGCAUAGAGACAAAAUAAAAUAGUUGUAGAAGCCAUUCUAAGUAUAAACAAAAAUUCUUUAGGGCAAACCAAAAUAAAUUACAUAGUUUUAGAGUUAGAAGGGACUUCAGUGGCCAUACAGUAUAUUUCAUAUCUUGAAGAUAUGAAAUGAAAGGCAACACACUUAUUUCCCUAGAACUCUUUCCCCUUUUUAA